CACCAAGAAAGGAAAGUUUUAAACCAAAAGAAAAAUUUCUGCAGGAGUGCAGUCUUUACGAGCUAUUCCAAGGUUUUAUGCAUAGCAUUUGAGGUACUUCAGGGCUUGCAGUAUAUGAACAAACAUGGUAUAGUACACCGGGCACUGUCUCCUCAUAAUAUCUUGCUGGACCAAAAGGGACAUAUUAAAUUGGCUAAAUUUGGACUUUAUCAUAUGACAGCUCAUGGUGAUGAUGUUGAUUUCCCAAUAGGGUAUCCAUCAUAUUUGGCACCUGAGGUAAUUGCACAAGGGAUUUUCAAAAGCACUGAUCACAUGUCAAGUGAAAAACCUUUGCCAUCUGGCCCCAAGUCAGAUGUAUGGUCUCUUGGGAUCGUUUUAUUUGAGCUCUGUGUGGGAAGAAAAUUAUUUCAGAGCUUGGAUAUUUCUGAAAGACUAAAAUUUGUGCUUACUUUGGACUGUGUAGAUGACACUGUAAUAGUUCUGGCUGAAGAGCACGGUUGUCUGGACAUUAUAAAGGAGCUUCCUGAAAAUGUGAUAGAUCUUUUGAAGAAGUGCCUAACCUUCCAUCCUACUAAGAGGCCAACCCCAACAGAAUUAAUGAAGGAUGAAGUGUUCAGUGAAGUGUCACCUUUAUACACCCCCUUUAUCGAACCUGCCAGUCUGUUUUCAUCUUCUCUGAGAUGUGCUGAUUUAACUCUGCCUGAGGAUAUUAGUCAGUUGUAUAAAGAUAUAAGCAGCGAUUACCUGGCAGAAAGAUCUAUUGAAGAAGUUUACUACCUUUGGUGUUUAGCUGGUGGUGACUUGGAGAAAGAGCUUGUGAACAAGGAAAUCAUUCGAUCCAAACCACCUAUCUGCACGCUCCCCAAUUUUCUCUUUGAAGAUGGAGAAAGCUUUGGACAAGGUCGAGAUAGAAGCUCACUGUUAGAUGAUACCACUGUGACAUUGUCAUUAUGUCAGCUAAGAAAUAGAUUAAAAGAUGUUGGUGGAGAAGCAUUUUAUCCCUUACUUGAAGAUGACCAGUCUAAUUUACCUCAUUCAAACAGCAAUAAUGAGCUGUCUGCAGCUGCCACACUUCCUUUAAUCAUCAGAGAGAGGGACACCGAGUACCAGUUAAACAGAAUUAUUCUCUUUGACAGGCUGCUAAAGGCUUAUCCAUAUAAAAAAAAUCAAAUUUGGAAAGAAGCAAGAAUUGACAUUCCUCCUCUUAUGAGGGGUUUAACCUGGGCUGCUCUUCUGGGAGUUGAGGGAGCUAUUCAUGCCAAGUACGAUGCAAUAGAUAAAGAUACUCCAAUUCCUACGGAUAGACAAAUCGAGGUGGACAUUCCCCGCUGCCAUCAGUAUGAUGAGCUUUUAUCAUCCCCUGAAGGUCAUGCAAAAUUUCGGCGUGUAUUGAAAGCUUGGGUGGUCUCGCAUCCUGAUCUUGUGUAUUGGCAAGGUCUUGACUCACUUUGUGCUCCAUUCCUGUAUCUAAAUUUCAAUAAUGAAGCUUUGGCUUAUGCCUGUAUGUCUGCUUUCAUUCCCAAAUACCUAUAUAACUUCUUCUUGAAAGACAACUCACAUGUAAUACAAGAGUACCUGACUGUGUUCUCUCAGAUGAUUGCAUUCCAUGACCCAGAGCUGAGUAAUCAUCUCAAUGAGAUCGGCUUCAUUCCUGAUGUAAGUACUCAGUGCAUUCACAGAACGUGAGGUGAAAAGAAAAGCAAGAAUUGACAGCUCAGAAGGGAGAUUUUUUAAAAUUGUUGUUGUCACAAGAAGUUCAUAUCUGAACAAGUUACUGCUAUUAGUCAUACUCUUAUGUUUGUGUGGUCACCUUUCAUAUUCUGACCUUAAAUAAAAGGAAAGUUCCUCUUAAUAUAAGCACUCAAUAGACUGAGGCAGGAGAUUUUGAGUUUGAGGCCAGCCUGGGCUGUAUAGUGAGACCCUAUCUUAAAAAAUAAAUAAAUAAAAUAAAAAGCUAUUGGAUAAAUGUAUACCAAAGUAUCACAUUAUACUCCAUAAAUAUCCUAAAAUAAAAUAAAACAGCAAAUGAAAGUGAAAGAUACACACAGUGGUUACAUAUUUGGGGAGGGAAUUGUAAUUAGAGAUGUAAGGGAAUCUGGUGUAAUAUUUUACUUUUAACUUUCUUAAGACUGUGAAUAAAUGGCUUGUUCAAUAGUUUAACUUUAACCACCUUCUCUCAAGCAAUCAUAAUUUUUCAGAAAUAUAUUAAAAUUAUUGAUAGAUGACAUAAUGUUCAGGCUAUAUUU